AUGGAUGCACUGGAAAAGAAUGACUUGUGCGACAAGGAACGUCCAUCCAUUGAACAGUUGGAAACUUACCAUCCUUCGUUCACACCUCACGAGCAGAAACGAAUCUUGAGAAAGGUUGACUGGCGACUCGUUCCGCUUCUGUCUUUUCUAUAUCUUGUGUCUUUUAUUGACCGAGGUAACUUGGGCAAUGCCAAAGUUGCUGGCCUAGGGAAUGAUCUCCAUCUGUCGGGAACACAGUAUAAUAUCGCUGUGACGUUGUUUUUUAUUCCCUACUCGUUGUUAGAGGUUCCGAGCAAUAUCAUCCUCAAGCUUACAAGGCCGUCAAUUUGGAUCUCUUUGAUGAUGUUUUCUUGGGGACUAGUCAUCACUUUGACUGGAAUCGUUCAAAACUUUUCUGGACUUUUGGCCAUCCGCAUUUUCCUCGGAGUGGCAGAGGCCGGCUUCUUCCCCGCAGCAACCUAUCUCCUUACUGUCUGGUACACGCGUUAUGAAGUCCAGUCUCGAAUGGUGUUCUUUUACGCAGCAGUGUCACUUGCCGGAGCAUUUUCAGGCCUGCUUGCGUAUGCCAUUCAGAUGAUGGAUGGAGUCGCAGGACUGCAAGGCUGGCGAUGGAUUUUCAUCUUGGAAGGUAUAUGCACAGUUUUUCUUUCAUUUUCUAUCUGGUCUCUACUUCCUGAUAGCCCUAGCACGGCACCUUUUCUCACUACUGAAGAGCGGGAGUUCAUCAUCCUGAGGUUAGAACAGGACACGGGUUCUGGACGGGGUAAAGUCACAAACAAUGACAAAGUAAACAAGCGACAAGUAAUUGCAGGUCUCACAGACUGGAAAGUAUGGGCAGCUGUGUUCAUGUACUGGGCCACUAGCAUCUCAUCCUACGGCUUUACAUAUACAGUCCCAACGGUAAUUCUAGAACUUGGAUACACUUCUGCAAAUGCCCAACUCCUUACUAUUCCGAUUUAUGUCGUUGCUAUGAUAUUCACCGUCGCAAAUGCCAUGGCUUCGGAUCACUACCGGCAGAGAACUCCUUUCAUACUUUUGGGAGUUGCGGUUGGAAUAGUCGGAUUCACAGCUUUGUUAGCAGUUCCCCACCCGCAGCUUCCAGGGUUGACAUAUGGCAUGCUAUUCCUUGCAACAUCAGGAAUAUACAUGUCGCUGGUCCCUACUUUAUGCUUUGUCGCAAACAACCUUGCUCCUUCGUCUAAAAGAGCCGUUGGCAUGGCUCAUCUCAUUUGCAUGGGAAAUCUCGGUGGUAUUGCAGGCUCCAACAUCUUUCUGUCACAAGAAGCGCCUCACUAUUGGACAGGCUAUGGAUUCAUCUUGGGAAUCGACUGUGUAGCGUUUGUUACAUGUCUAAUUCUUCGUUACACAUUGGAAAGAAUUAAUGCAAAGCGCGAUCAAAUGACAGAAGAAGAUAUCAGGGAGAAGUAUGGCAACACCGAUUUACUAGACCUUGGUGAUCACAGCCCAUACUUUAGGUAUACUUUAUAA